AUCGUAGAGGCUGGAGGUUCCGAAGAUGAACUUGAAAUGAUGCGCGUUCCAGUUGCCUCUACAGCACUUCAAAAUACAAAUUAAGAUUGGGCAUUUAGAACUGUGCCACAAAAAAAUUCAUGCAUGGGAUUAAAAGAUAAGAGAAGUGCCUGGCCAAAAGGAAAGGUACUUGGUGGUUCUAGUUCUAUCAACUAUAUGCAUUACAUGAGGGGGAGUCGCCAUGACUUUGAUGGAUGGGCCAAAGAGGGAUGCCAGGGGUGGAGCUACAAAGAUGUCCUACCUUUCUUUAUCAAAUCAGAGGACAUUCAAAUAUCUGAUUUUCAGAAAUCUGACUACCACGGACGGGGUGGUCCAUUGACCGUUAGUGACGGGGUGACGUCUCCUCUUAGCCAUAGAGUGUACAGACGAGGGAUGGAGGAGCUAGGUUACCAGACUGUGGACUGUAAUGGGGAGUCUCAAACAGGUUUCUGCUUUGGUCAAGAGACGGUUAAAAACGGAGAGAGAUGGAGUACGGCUAGAGCGUUUCUAAGACCCGCCAUGAAUCGUCCCAAUCUCCACGUGUCUACAAACUCUCAUGUUACAAAGAUCCUGAUAGAAAACAAAAAAGCAGUUGGUAUUUCCUUUAUAAGAGACAACGUGAAACACGUAAUUAACGCGAGAAAAGAGGUUAUUAUUUCCGGUGGCGUAGUCAACAGCCCGCAAAUUCUGAUGCUGUCUGGAAUCGGGCCAAAAGAACAUCUUUCAAAGUUAAAGAUUCCCGUUGUGGCAGAUUUACCUGUCGGAAACAACUUGGAAGACCAUGUCUUUGCACUUAUGUUAUUCCCAGAUAACUCCUCUUCCGCCUUUAGUCCUUCACUGUGGUCGCUGUUACAGUAUCAGAUCUUCCAUUCAGGUCCGUUCGGAAAAGUGCAGUUGGAGGCAGAUGCCUUUUUUGGGGACGAUAAGAAUGCACCCCCUUCUACACAAGUCGCAUUUUAUAGUAUUCAAGCCACGCCUUCUUUUGCAUACGACUUGGAAAAGUUAGUGAACUGGAAUCCAGAGAUUAUAGAUGGCGUUUAUAGUUAUUUUAAACGUAUCUCAGAAGAGGUUGGAGGGUCAUUCUUUGUAGAAAGUAUUCUACUCCACCCAAAGAGUAGAGGGACAAUCCGACUCCAGAGUACAGACCCAUUUGAUCCGCCUCUCAUAGAUCCUAACUAUCUAGAUCACCCGGAUGACGUUAAAGAUUUACUAAAAGGAAUAUAUCAAGUUUUAGAAUUAGCGAAUACCACGGCUUUUAGAUCCGUGGGUGCGUCACCUUCUGACCCUUACCAAGAGUACUGCCCACCCUGUAACUCCCUACCCUACCCCUCAGAAGAGUACUGGAUAUGUAGAUUACGACAUUAUACUUCUGGUGUAUAUCACCCAACGUCAACAUGCAGGAUGGGUGGUUAUGAUGACGUCACGGCCGUUGUCGAUCCUCAGCUAAGGGUCAAAGGAAUAGGUAAUCUUCGAGUAGUGGAUGCUUCCGUCAUGCGUCACGUAACUUCCGGAAAUACCAAUGCUCCUACCAUUAUGAUUGCAGAAAAAGCGGCAGAUUUGAUUCGAGGAUUAGACAGUGUUAAGGAUAUUCGAAAGAAAACGGAACAUUUGUAGAAAAGAAUGUGUGCUCAUACUGUAUGAUGUUCUUUUUUCUUCUAAAAACUAUUUUGAAAAGCGUUCCAUUUUUACAUGUACUUUUUGCUAACCUUGUCCACAUAAAAAAAAACGAAAAGGAACAAGAGAUGUCGCUUGAAUCUGAUCUGUAAGUUCUGUAAAAUCUGAUUUUUUCACUACUGUAAACCGACUUAUAUUCGCGACCAUCUUAUUUCGCGACUUACUGGAGAUAAAUUACAUGAAGUUCGCGACGACCAUGCUUUAUCCACACUCGUUUUGAUAUAAAAUAUAUACUGCAAAGUCUAGAGUGUGUAAAGAAAUAUUCGCGACAAAGAGGCUCUUGCGAUUCUCGUGAAUAUUCCUCGCACGCAAAUAAAACUUGGUUUACAGUUUUUUUCUCCUAGUGAAAAUAGUUUGUGGAUUAGAAUGAAUUUGUGGUUUUUUGU